GCUGGGAUCGACCGAUUCCAACCGCGCGGCGCGCAGCGAUCCACCACGUGCGUCUACUGCAACCGCAACUGCUCUCUCAGCAGUCUCGACUCAACGUACGUAAACCAUGUCGAUCCGACCAGUAUACCGCCCGACGAUUGUCAAGAAGAGGACAAAGAAGUUUACUAGACAUCAAUCUGACCGAUAUGACAAACUUAAGAGAAACUGGAGGAAACCCAAGGGUAUUGAUAACAGAGUUCGCAGGCGUUUUAAGGGCCAGUACCUAAUGCCCAACAUUGGUUAUGGAUCUAACAAAAAAACUCGUCAUAUGCUUCCCACCGGCUUCAGAAAGAUGCUCGUUCACAACGUGAAAGAAUUGGAAGUGCUGAUGAUGCAGAAUCGCAAGUAUUGCGCUGAAAUCGCCCACGCUGUCAGCAGCAAGAAGCGCAAGGCAAUUGUUGAAAGAGCUCAACAACUCUCCAUCCGCGUUACUAAUGCCAAUGCACGUCUUCGCUCUGAAGAGAAUGAAUAAUUUUACAUUUGAAUUAUUCAAUAUCGUGUAAAUAUGAAGAUCAUAUAUUCCAAUCAAUCAUGUGUUAUUAUUUGUAUUAAAUACAUAUUUAUAGCACUUGUUGAUUCGUAGAAGUAAUACAUUCAUUGCAAUGUACUUACUUCUAGGCAAAACGUAAGCAAAAUAAAAAAACUUUAUAAAAA